AUGGCGGAAAGUAUGACCACUCCAAAGAAGAAAUCCAGUUUGCAGGCUAUGUGGUGGUUCUCACGAGUGUCGCUGUGCUUCGAAUAUUCAGCAAGGCCGGCUUAUCUAAACAUCUGUGUUCGAAAGGUUAUAAAACCUGUGGUAUCAGACCGUAUAAAAAUUUCUGAGGACGAUACAGCUGACGAUACGAGGUGAGCAGUGUUAUGUAGGAGUGGCGUUACUUCGUAGACAAAGAAUCAGUUUAUUCGGAGAGCUCAAAAUGUAGACAAUACGUCGUAUGAUUUAAACUCAGAAUAUUCUGUAAAGCGAUGCGUUUAAUUUUCAUUGUCUUUACAUCAGUCGUCGAAGCUUCCGUCAAAGGAUAUGCCACCCAAUGCUUCGAUGCAGUGGAUGAGCCGCAAUAA